CAAGAUGUUUCUUUUCGUCUAAUGCUACAUACACAGUGAUACAUAGCUGCCUGGGUCAAUAUCGUUUGACCAUAAGCUUCACAUACACUGCUUUUGCAUCUCUGCUUGCUGCGCACCAAGAAUAGAACAUCUAAAGGAUUCGUGGUGCAUUACUCGCAUUCGUCAACGCACAGCCACCUGUGCCCCUCCACGCUUCAGCCUCAUAUAAACCUAUCCCACCUUCGUCGUCAUCUUCAUCUCCAUCAUCGUUUGAUCUUUACAUCGUUUGAUCUUUACACACACAAAUCCACCAUCAUGGCCAACACGAAAUUGCUACUGUUUCUCUGUCUGGUGGCAGUCUUGCUCUUUGCAACUCCGACUCAUGCCUUCGGCGCCGGAAACAUUGCUUCCAUCUCAAAGAUUGAAGGCAAGAACUGGCGCCAUGGUGACAUCGAGGAUAUGCUCAAGACUGUCGACUGCUUGAAGAAGCACAAGUGGACUUCGAUGAUGAUCAAGCGCGUCUACUUUGGCAACUGGCUCCGUGAUUACAGUCAAGCUGUCGAUGUCGGUACUCUCAAAGGUGUUCCUGCUAGCACUAUCCGGAUCUUGGUCUGGGUUCUUGCUUUUAUGAGUUUCGGAUAUGCCACAGCUGAAUUCGAAGUCACCGACGAGCGCCUUGGUGUCUACCGUCCUGAGGAGCACAUCGACAACCCCAAGGAUUAUGCCGACAAUCAAGAUGCCAGGCAAUUUGACCAGCGUCUUCGUGGUCCCGUUUCACCCCAGGAGCUUGCCAUUGACCCAGACACUGGUAUGAAGAACUACAUUGCAAACGAACGCGGCGAUUGGGCCACCUCGGCUGGAUACAUCAGAUACAGCUUCAAGAGAGCUAUUCAUUACGGCCGCCUUUACACUCACGGUCAAAACAAGGGCGAGGAAAAAGAUUUGUGCGAAGCUUUACGCUGUUUAGGGCAGAGCCUUCACUGUUUAGAGGAUUGGGGGGCGCACACAAAUUACACCGAGCUUGCACUUCGUGAGCUUGGACACAAUAACGUGUUCCCUCAUGUUGGAGCAAACACUGAAAUCAACCUUCGUGGCAAGCGUGUUUUCCCACUGGUCACUGGCACUUUUGGCGGCGUCGACUUCAUGCACUCCGUCCUGGGUGAAGCCACUGAUCAUGUCACACAAAGUGAGGUUGAUGAGAUGCAGAGUGCCUUGAACGAUGCUUCCGCUCAAGGAAAGCGCUCUGGCUCUGGGCCUUCGGGAGAAGUGUCUGGCUUGGUCAGCCUGUUAUCCAAGGUGCCCGGUACGAGCGGUCUAUGCCAGGAAGCUGUUCGUCUACAAACUGAGUCCGAUCAAUAUGCUGCUCAGAACGGUGGCGCCGGUGCUCGUGGCUUCGAUGACGGUGGCUACAGUCAGGAUCGUGCCUGGAAUCCUGUCGCAUCUGCCAACAACACCGCCGACCCUCAGGCAAUCGUUGCCAAGAUCUAUCCCAUCCUCGUCUUCCGUGACAAUGUCGUUCGCAGCAUCAGCAACAUCGUCUCCAAGAUUCCUGGUCUGGAGAGUUUGAUUGAGAAGAUCACUGAAAAGGUUACGUUGACUGUCAUGGGUCUGCUCGCUCCCUACAUCACUCCUCUGAUCGCCGCUGCUUCGAACAGUCUAAAGCAGGGUAGCAGCAGUGUCGUCGACGCGAGUGGAAAACAUCAGUACGAAGUUUGGACAGACCCCUUCAGCACCGACCCUACACACUCUCUGCUGUCUAAGGACCACUUCAGCAAUAUCUUGAACGAACCUGCUGGCAAGGUUGCUGCCUGUAUUCUCCAAUACGUCGCACCCCGUAUUAUCUACGCAUUUGACCACCCUGAUGUGCCUGAAGAAGAAGUCCUCAACGACGUGCUUCGUGUUUUCCACCACCCUGCUAUCCGCGACCCUCACUGCGAGAUCCAAACCAAGAUGUUCGCUGUAGUUGAGCAAUGGGCCCGUCAACGCCCUGGCGGCGGUCAUGACCUCGACAGACUCCUGAGCUCUGAGAGUGUCAAGGCCGGCCACAACCACACUGGUGGCGCCAACCCUCAUCUCCACUCUCAUGGCGGUCCCGGAGAUAUGCAGAACGUCUUUGGCAUGGGCCAGCACCCACAACGUGGUAUGGACGCCUCAGGCACUCCCGAGCAGUACGGCUCAGGCUAUGGUCAACCCGGUCCUGCUACUCCUCAAGCCGGUUGGGGUGCUCCUCCACCUGCCGAUUACAACCAGCAGUACCAGCCUCCGGCUCCUGCGGGCUUUGCUAACAACGAUCCCUAUGCAUAUCCUAGCGCUUACCAACAAGGUUACGAAGUGCCCUAUGAUGCUGGAACACCUUACGGAGCACCUCCACCUGGACCUCCUCAACAAUUUGGUGGCCAGUACGGCGCUGCUCCGCCAGGCCCACCACCACCUGGCCAGUACGGCGGAUACGACCAACAGCAGCAACAUCAACAGCACGGCUAUGGUCAAGGCCCUCCGCCAGGAUAUGACCAAGGACACUCGUCGGGAUACUACCAAGGUUACUGAGUGAAGGUUAUGUAACAAUCACGCGCUGGGCUUCGGAUGCGAUUGAGGAAGGUAGCGAUGCUUACCUUUAUAUGUGCGAGUCCGAUUAGUGGUUCGAAUUUGAAAGCUGAAUGACACAAUGACAAUACCUUUUGCAAGUUAUCUCCUAUCUCUUCAGGUCAUCUUUGUUGAGUGUUCAGUAAGGGUAAAUCUGCCUGUGGUCCUUAGG